AUGGAGGGCCUAUUCUUUAACGUUAAUAAUGGCUAUAUUGAGGGUGUUGUUAGGGGCUACCGUAAUGGUCUCCUAACGGGUCAGAACUAUACCAAUUUAACACAAUGUGAAACGAUUGACGACCUAAAGCUCCAGCUGGGACCAGUUUAUGGGGACUUUCUUGCAUCACUUCCGCCAAAUCCUUCAACUUCGUCACUCGCCGCCAAAGCUUCUGAUAAACUAAUAUCUGAAUUCCGAUACGUACGAGCGAAUGCAGUGGGGUCAUUAGCAAAGUUUAUGGAUUACAUGACAUAUGGAUACAUGAUAGAUAAUGUCGCACUAUUAAUUACUGGUACACUACACGAAAGAGACACUCGGGAGCUACUAGAAAGAUGUCAUCCCUUAGGAUAUUUUGAAACCAUGCCUGUACUUUGUAUCGCCACUAAUAUCGAGGAACUCUACAACAGUGUACUCGUAGAAACUCCACUUGCGCCGUACUUCAAGGGCAGCUUAGGCCAUCAAGACUUGGAUGAGCUAAAUAUUGAAAUUGUACGGAAUACUCUUUAUAAAAAUUACCUUGAGGACUUCUACAAUUUUGUAAACACAGAUACCGAUAUGGCUGGCACACCCACAGCUGAAGUAAUGUCAGAAAUUCUGGAGUUUGAAGCUGACCGACGAGCCAUCAACAUCACGCUAAACUCCUUUGGCACUGAAUUGACUAAAGCAGAUCGAAGAAAGCUCUAUCCAAGCUUUGGGCGCCUAUAUCCCGAAGGAUCAUACAUGCUGUACAGGGCUGAUGACAUCGACGGAGUAAAGUUAGCUAUCGAUGGUGUCUCUGAUUAUAAAGGAUUUCUUGAGGCUGCUGGCAUGAUUCAGAAUAGCUCAGGCGCUGGAAAUAUGGGUGGUAGUACUGGAUCGGAUGGAAAAAGCUUAGAGGAUCUAUUUUAUCAAAAGGAGAUGGAGAUAUCUGCGGGUGCCUUUACGCGGCAGUUCACAUUUGCAAUCAUCUACGCUUGGGUUAAGUUACGCGAACAGGAAAUUAGGAACAUAACCUGGAUAGCCGAAUGCAUCACCCAAAAUCAAAAAGAUCGGAUCGGUAACUAUAUCAGUGCAUUUUAG